AUGUGUGCGUCACUGGAGCGCCCAGAUGACGACGAGGAGGAUAUGGAUGAGCUCUCGGCUCUACUACAGCAGCUCGAUGUGCGCGAAGACACAGGCGACGAUGAGGCAGCACGCACCAUCAAGUCGGUGAACGACGCCUUGCGCUCGCCUCUCGUGUGGUACGAGACGCCGUCGCAGGCCCCUACUGUCUUGGAGCAGACGCAGCUGGGCUUGUACCGCGACGUUCUCCUCGCAGCGGCCGGAGGCUCGGCCGCCGCCGACAGCGCGCGGAUGCCAUCACUCGACGUGCUCGCAGCGCCCCGCGUUGAAGUGCGGCCCGGCACGCACGGAUGGGCCGGCAAGCGUGUACAAGGCACGCACCAGGUCAGCCGCACGAUGCAGAUGCAAGUCCUCGAUGGAGCCGGCCUCGUGCCGUGGCUCUCGCCAGACGAGGUGGCUGCAUCAGACGACGAUGGAUCGUCCAGCUCGUCGGCGACGGCAACGAGUGAGGAUGACGAAGACCCCGUGGCUAGCCCACCAGCGCCGAUCCCGCCGCUGCGACUCUGGACCUUUAUCAUGAUGGGUGGUGGCUACUUUGCUGUGGCGACAAUUGCCCUCAAUGUCCACAGCCCGCCGCUCUCGGAGCGUGCGCGCGCACGCGGCACGAAACCGACGCGCUCUCGAUACACGACGCGUCGAAAGCAGGGCGGAGCGCAGUCCAUGCAAGAUGCCUCCGGCCGGCAUGCAAAGAGUGCAGGUGCGAACCUGCGGCGGUACGGCGAGGCCCAGCUCAAGGCGGACAUUCACGCUCUGCUGGACCGCCGCGCCUGGCGCGAGUUGAUCCAGCAUUCAGAGCACGUAUGGGUCCGCACAUCGAUGCGCGCGGCCCAUGGCGUGCUGUGGCAUUGGCCUGGACACGCUACGAGCCCCCUCGAUGAGAAGCAGGCGAGUGGUACGCUUUCGCACAUUCCCAUCGCGACACAGCGCCCCACACUAUCCGAGAUUGUGCGCGUGUUCUGGGAGCUCACGCGCGUCAAGGUCGCCCAUCUCUCGUCAGCUGAGCUUGCGGCGCAGGAUGAAGCGCACCGCGAUGCGAUCGCGCGCGCCCUGCGUCAAAACGCCGCGCAACAAAUGCCGAAGGCGCCGCCGCCGCCGCCGAAGACCCCUCAAGUCAAGAAAGACGAGCGUGCGGCGCGGCAGCGUGCGCGCUUGGAGCGUCUUGUCGCGAUGGUGCGCAAGGGACGCCUUGAUGCACUGACGCAGUGGCUCGCGCGGCAUGAGGCGAUGCUGGGGGAAGACGCGGGUGCUGUACCACCCGCCUACGAGGACGCAGCGCCAAUUGACCGUCCCCUGCCGGCAUGGUGGCGCGCGGCUGAGGCGCGCGGCGCAUCCCAAGCGCCAAUGAACCUGUUGCAGGUUGCGGCUGCCGCGGAUCAGGUCGAGAUUCUGCACUACUUGCUCGUGGAGCGUCGUGCGAACCCGACACUGCCGCUGGGUCGUGACGAUGGCGCGCACCGUACUGCCUACGAUUUGUGUGGGAGCAAGAGUGCACGCGCCGUUUUCCGGCGGCUCAUGGCGGAGCAGCCCGACUGGUACCGCUGGGACGAGAUGGGCCCCGGCGGAGCACGUGUGCCGUCGGCGCUGACGGCCGAUAUGGAGGAGGCACAAGCGUCCAAAGCGCGCUCGCGUCGAGCGGCCAUGCGCGAGAAGAUGCGUGAGCGUGACGCCAAGGUCGAGGCUGACACGGCGGCGAAAGAAGCCGCCGCAAAAGCGGCAGCGCCAGCGACAACGCCAGCAGCCGCGGCGCCCAAGAGCGGCCCGCAGCGACUGGGUGGUUCAUCGGGUUCAGCGCCAGACGCGUCGCUGUCCGAAGAGAUGCAACGGCGCAUUGAGCGUGAAAAGCGGGCGCGUGCGGCCGAAGCCCGUAUGCUACGAAAAUAA